GCCAACGUCAACUAGUCCGAGCCAGUUUACAACAUUAUCAUCCUGUUGAUUUCGAAGUAAUGUUUCUGGCUAGCUACAUGACAAUCCAUGAAGGCAGCAUCUGCCUCCGCUUCCAGUCCGCGCAGGCGCACUGUCCUCCUGUAUGCAAAGGCUAGGUGGUGUCAUAUUGAACCAGGACCAGAUGGAGCGGUGUUCUGUUGUAUUCGUGAAUGAUGGAGGAGCUCCUCCAAACACAGAACGCUCCAGGUCAACAGGACACGAUGAGACCAGUAUCCCUCAGUCCGUCGUCCUCCUGUCUUCAGUAUUGCGCAGUGGGCUGCAGUGAAGCCCAACUGAUGUUUCAGUGUCUUGCUCAAGGACACUUCAACACGCAACUAAUGGGGAGAGCGGGAAUCCAACCGCCUACCUUGUGUUUACGGGACGACCUCUCACCCCACUGAGCUACAGCCGUCCCAAUUUUGGCCCCUAAGGUACGUAUGAGUCCACCCACUUACCUCCUCUCCCUGGAUGAUACAGAACCAGGACACGGGGGCCUCUUGACAAUUUUUUUCUUUGAGCUUUUAUAAGGAAACUUUCUACCUCAAGCUCAUUGGUGACGAUGCUCUCUUUCAGUCCUCUGGACUCCUUUGUAUGAAUAGUUUCUAAGUGUAGAUAUCAUGUGUAUCCCUGGAAAUGAUAUACUGCAAUCUAACAUGUCAAUAUAGUGAUAACUACCAUUUCCCCGAAAAUACACAGAGUACCUUUAAUAAAGUUAUUCUAGAUACAGUAUUGUGAAAAUAAGAUAAGAUAGGAUGAGAUAAUCCUUUAUUAGUCCCACAGUGAUCAAUAUAAAAAUAAAACACAAUAACAAUACUAAAUACUAAUACUAAAAUAUUAAAUAUACAGAGGAAACAAAAAUGUGUUUUGAAACUGUAUUUCAAUCAAACUUUUAUUACAGACUCAAGGUCCAGAUAGUAAAAAAACAUUAAAAUCUAAUAAAAUACAUACAAAACCACAAGAAAAAAACAAACAAAGAACUACACAAGCUUUGCUAAAGCCUCAUUUGACUAUUGAAAUAGAAUGUUUCAUAAACAAAUUGUAAUACAAUACUCCUCCCACCCUGGAACGACAUGGUGGAGGACAGCCCGAGGAGAACACGAGGGAGUGGUAACGGCGAAACCCGGUGAGGACUUUGGCUUUUUACGACCGCAGUGCCAGUGUUUGCCUUCGCUACCUCGGAGGUCACGUUUCACAUUCAGCGACAAGGUCGUCUGUCUGAGCAUGGCCUCCCCCAACGCGCUCCUGUCAGAGGUGCAGUUCACGUGCUGCAUCUGCCUGGAGGUUUUCCUCGAGCCCGUCUCCAUCCCCUGCGGCCACAGCUUCUGCUUCACCUGCAUCUCGUCGCACUGGGACGGCCGCCGCGACGCCGCCGCCAGCUGUCCCAAAUGUCACACGGCCUUCGAGGGCCGCCCGGAGCUCUGCGAGAACUCCUUCGCCAAGGAGAUGUCGGAGCGGAUCCGAGCGCGGAGGCCGAGCGCCGCGACGGCGGGAACGUCGGUGUCGUGCGACGUGUGCGUGGGGCGGCCGACGGAGGCCCUGAAGUCCUGCCUCGUGUGUCUGACCUCGUACUGCGAGGGUCACCUGGAGCCCCAUCUGAGAGUCGCCACCUUGAAGACGCACAAGCUGAUCGAGCCCGCGGCGACGAUGGAGAACCGCAUGUGCAAGAGGCACCGGCGGCUUCUGGAGUUGUUCUGCAGGAGCGACCAGAGGUGCGUGUGCGUGCUGUGCACCGAGACCGACCACCGCUGCCACGACACCGUCCCGGUGGAGCGAGAGAGCAGGGAGACGAAGGCUCGGAUGAAAAGGAUCGAGGCCGAUGUUCAGCAGAUGAUCCAAGACAGACUGCGGAAGGUGGAGGAGAUCAGACACUCGGUGGAACUCAGCAAAGAAAGCGCACAGAGGGACAUGGCGGACGGCCUGGAGGUCCUCUCCACUCUGCUGCGCUCCUUGGAGAGUCGUCAGGCAAAGCUGGUGGAGACGAUCCGGAGGAGGCAGGCGGCGGCGGAGCGGAGGGCGGAGAGGCUCGUCACAGAGCUGGAGCUGGAGAUCGCUGAGCUGGAGAGGAGGAGGCGGGAAAUGGAGCAGCUUUCUCACACCGAGGACCACGUCAACCUCCUGCAGAGGUUUCCAGCUCUGAGUUGUCCUUCGUCAGUCAAAGCCUGCGAUGACAUCAUCGUCCACACAGACGCGUGUUUGGGGAUUCUAAGGAGCGAGGUCGCCGACAUUGAACAGCAGCUUCAGUCAGCUUUGAAAAAGCUUUCCAUUCAAGAGCAUCAGCAGAUGAAGCAGUACGCAGUUGACGUUCAUCUGGACCCCAGGACGGCCAACACGUGGCUGGUGCUCUCAGAGGAUGGGAGACAGAUUUGGGACGGAGCUGUUGAACAGAACCUGGCGGACAUACCGGAGCGCUUUGACACGGCGCCGUGUGUCCUCGCCACAAAGGGCUUCACCACAGGGAGGCGCUACUGGGAGGUGGACGUGGGAGACAAAACGGCGUGGGACUUGGGCGUGGCUCAGCAGUCCAUCAACAGGAAGGGCGUGGUCACCCUGAGUCCAGAGCACGGGUUCUGGACUAUCUGCUUGAGGAAGGGCAGUGAGUACCGGGCGUGUGCGGGACAGGCGGAGCUGCUGCGUCUCUCUCGCGCGCCCCGGGCCGUCGGGGUGUUUUUGGACUGCGAGGACGGCACGGUGUCCUUCUACGACGCGGACGCCCAGUCACACAUCUACUCCUUCACACAGUGCCAGUUCACCGAGGCCAUGUUUCCCUUUCUCAACCCGGAUAUGUGUGACGGCGGCAGCAACACAUCGCCGCUCGCCGUGCGCCCGCUCGGUGGGGUCGACGGAGGCCGGGAUUUAGAUGACAUCACCAUAUGAUGUCACGUGUAUUUUCAGUGUCAUGGCGUUGUUAUUUUAAACAGUAUGAAACUGUUCUCUCUGUUGAUUACACAGAAAUACCAAAUAAAUAGACAAGUUAUGUAUAACCUUCACACAUGGAUCAUACAUAAACUGUUCCUGACUUGCCCCCCCCCCAAUAAACUGUUGACAUCUA